AUGGCCUUGUGUUAUCAAAAACAUCCGUUCGAAAUCGAAACGGAAGAUCGUUUGACGACAAUAAAUACGCAAAUAUGUGAAAUCAAAAAGAAGAUACAACUGUCAGACGGCCAAAGAAAGUCUUAUUACGAAGAAUAUGAAGCCGAGAAAAAACGGAACAGCGAAUUGAUUGAAUCCUUAAAGAAGGAAAUAAAAUUACGAUUAAAUGAAUUACGUGAAUCUCAGCAAGUUUUGAGUGGCGAAGAUCCAAACGUGAAGAAAUACUUGAACGACGUGUGUCCAAUUGGGAACAAAACUGCUGAUGAGGUCAUACACAACCUCGAUUUAAAAGUAAUAGAACAGAGAAAAAUCUUGGACCUCCUUAAAUACGAGAUUGGGAGUAAGAAGAAGAAAUUAAAAGAGUUGGAGAAAGAGUACGAGAAGCUGCUGAUUGAAAGCACUAAGAGUGAUUUGGUCAAGUCAAAAAUGUCAACGAGGUCACGUAAGCAUAUCUCCCACUUGGAGAACGAGAUCCACACAGUCUUGAUCCAAUGGACUGAAGCUGAGUUGGUGAAGAAGAAGUAUGCCUCUAUACGACAAGCACUUAUAGAAGACUCAGUGAGGUUCGAAAGCUCUCUCGCCAAAAUCGAAGAACUUCUUGAGAAACAGCAUGAAGAAAUCACGAAAUUAAAGUUGGUCCGUGAUGAAGCAGCAGCGAUGCGUUUACGGGCAACAGCAGCAACGGCGGCAGAGGCAGCUCGCGCUCAUGACGCAGAGCACGCUCGGGCCGCGGAAAGAGCCUACUACGCACAGCGGUUUGAGGAGAGGAGGCGAGAACUGGAAAAAUUGGAGAAACGGAUAUUUCCACCAGCUGUACGUCCAGUACGUCAAGAAUCCACCGGGUCCAUGGAAGAACCAAUGGCUGAAGAAAUAUCACCUGCACAGCAGAUGGAGGAUAUCUUUCAAAAGUUGAUGAAACUCACUGGAGUCACAGAACCUGAGCAGGUGUUCGACAGAUUCCGUGGUCAACGGGAAACCAGCACCCGUCUUGGUUACCUGCAGCAGACUACGGAGCAGGAAAAGUUACGGCUGGAGGAAACUCAAACUGCUCUCAUGGCUGAACUAGAGGGAUACAAGUUCGCUUCCGUUAAGGAUAAAGAUGAAGGUCAAGACGAAAUCCAGAAUCUGAAAGCGGAAAUAAAAGAAGAGGAGGAAGCUCACGAUUUAAUUCAGAAGGAGUUGGAAGGGCUGGAAUCAUUUCUUCUUGAAAUGAAAAGAUUGUUGUACGAUCUAUGCAAGAUGCUCGAUGUAGUGGGAGAGCCAGCUAUGCCCGAAUGGACAGCCGAAGCCUGCGAUAUUCAAGAAAUACUUGUCGUCUUAACUACAAGGUUUGAGAAGGCACAAGCUAAAGUGGAAACGAUCGGCGAUAAACAUAUUUCUCAUGUCUUCAUACCAUCCAAUACGACAAGCGGUGCCCCGUCAGUGGCAAAUAUGAGCGCACGUAGUCACAGCUCUCAGAAGGAGUCAGACAAGAUAGUACCAACUUAUAAGGAGUUAGUGCAGAAGGAACCUGGAAAAGUGAUGGUAUCUGAUGAAGAGGAGGAUAUCCCAUCAAGGUGCUACUUGAAGCGUCAGGCUCAACUCAUCGUGGACACCAAGUGCAGGAGGAAGGGUUUCCGACCACCUUACCCUCGCAAAUAA